GUUUAAAUGUGUAAAAGUGCAGUUAGCUGUUAGCUGUUAGCCUGGUCAUCAGACAGGAAACCGCUUCCUCACCGGUACUGAACCGAACAUCGCGAGACUUCCGGGGCUGUCAGUGAUGGACGAGACUUGAGAUCCAGACCAGGAGCAGACCAGGACUGAACCAGGACUGAACCAGGACUAAACCAGGACCAGAGCACCGCCGGUUUUCCUCUGUAAAAUGAGAUGAAGUCUGAAAACAUGGACAAACAGAAAGUGCUGGCUCGUGUGCUGUGGGAUCUUCAGUCCUUUUUGUCACUGUUGGAUUCUGAAAACCUGAGUUUCAUCGCACAGGCUCAAAAGAAGUCACUCUCUGAGCUCCUGUCGUCUCUGCAAAGUACUGCAAAUACUACGAAUACUACAACAGUGGAGGAUGCUGAGUACAUGGUGAUGAGCUGCCCCUCCUCUCCCACAGGCACCCCAGCACCAGACGUGACCUGGUCCUCAGAGCUGGACUCCGGCGCAGACCCAAAGCUGCAGCACAAACACGGAAGUGUACAUUCUGUGCUGACUCUUACUCCUGAUGAAGAGGACACGUAUGAAGAGGCCGCUCCCUACGCCCCACAGUCCACCUGCAACUCUACUGAGAGGGCGGAGUCAGACAGCAGUCAUUAUGAGUCGUACGGCGAUGAAGACGACGAUGACGUGUUUGAGGGCGGGGCCGGGCUGAUGACGGACAGGCGCUUCGUCCAGAGGAGCGCGUCGCAGCCAUGUCUAAGGCCCGCCCCCGAGUCCCGUCUCUGCGGUUACCUGUGGAGGAGGAAGUGGCUCGGGCAGUGGAUCAAACAGCUCUUCAUCAUCAAGAACCACUCACUCAUGUGUUAUAAGUGCCCGCGGGACCCUGACCCGCAGGUGGCGCUGGACCUCCGGGGUUGUCUCCUGACAUAUAAGGCCAAACCCCAGAGGAGGGUCCCCCACACCCUCAGACUGAUGCUGCCAGGGUCCCACAGCCUCGUCCUGGGCUUCAGCAGCUUCCAGCAUGCGCAAGAGUGGAAGACGGUGAUCGAGGAGCUGAGCUGUGGAGACUUCGAGACUCAAAGUUCAACUGGGAUCAGAACUGAACCACUGUCCUGCAGGUCCAGUGCAGUGCAGACUGACUCAGAUGAUGAGAGAUCCUCAGCUCCACAGCACCUCCAAAAGGACAAAGAUUACCUGAACGUGCUGAUGAACUGUCAGUGGCAGAGUUUGCACUGUGAGGUGGAGGGCCAAGUCCUGAACAUGUUCGCCCACAGAGACCAGGACCCAGGUCUAGACCUGGGCCCGGAUCUAGACCCCAGUCUAGAUGGCCAGGAUCAGAACCAGGGCUCAGACCACGGCAGGACCCCCCAGUACACACUGUCUCUGAUUGGCUGUGAGGUCACGUCUGGCCCGGACACGCCGCACUCCUACAGGAUCACACUGAGCACGCUCAGUGAGGCGCCCGCCGUGCUGGAGGUGUGCAGUGCAGACGAGAGAGAACGCUGGAUCAAACUCUUGAAGGAAUCAGCCAAUCAGAGACAAGAGUCCAGCCCACCCGUGGACAGCGCCCCCCUCAGUGGUCUCCAGACGCGGAGGUUCCCUUCACCAAACACUUACGAAACACAACUGUACUCCAACAGCUCAGUCCUACAGCACCAGCUCCACAAAGACUCCAGCCAAGACUCAGGGACCUACGGCAACAACAGCCUCAACCGGCGGAGGGGCGGGGAGCAGCGGUGCGUUCAGAGACUCGAGCUCGCUGGGAAAUCUCACGCCUCAAACGGAGUGAAGCUGCGGGCGGAGUCAGAAGUCAACCUGGCAACCAAAAACAAGCGCACCUCCUUCAGGCAGUCACUGGCCAUCUGCACCGAGCGCGCCCAGUCCAGUUUCCUGACGCCUCUGCUGAGGAGAACGGCUUCAGCCAAACUCUCUCUGAAGCGCGCUCCGUCGGUGCUGUUCCUGGAGACCGGACGUGUCUCCAACAGGAAGAAGGAGUGGGAGACCAAAGCUGCAGCCUGAGCUUCACCAGAACUGAACCUGUACAGAGAAAAUACAGCGUCAGAAGAACAGGAGGAGCUUAAAGUGAACUAUGGAUCGUUUGUUUUCAUUUUUGUAUUAAUAUUGUUUAUUUGUCAGUUUUAUGUCCCAUCCUCAGGACCACCUCACACUGCCACUGUGGUUUUGUACAAUGUUUUAUAAAGAGCACUUUUAUAUGGAAAACAAUCACUCAUUUAUAAUUAAACUAUUUUAACCUGUUUUAGUUUUGUAUUUUUAUUCAACUGUUUCAGGACAUUUACUGUCAGACGUGUUUCUUAGUGUUGUAGUCAAGACCAAGACCAGUCCAAGACCACAGGGUCCCGAGACCAGGACAAGACCAAGACUUUUAAAGGAUGAGACCGAGACAAGAUCAAGACUGAGAUAAGACCAAGACCACGGCCCAUCAAAACCAAAUCGAGACCGUGCAGGUUUAUUGCCAAAAGCAGCGGCCUUAAUGAAAUAUAAUCAAGUCC